AAAAAAGAAAGGAAAGAAGAAAAUGAGGAAAAAAAGAAGAAAAAGAAGAAAAAACGAAAGGAAAGAAGAAAAAGAAAUAGAAAACGAAAAAAUUGGAGGUGUUUGAUUGUUCAACUUACUUGAAUCGAGUUGAAUGGCAAUGAGGUUGGAAAGAUAAGCAACUAGGUUGGCAUCGCUCCUUUGAAUUCAUAAGCCCCAAUUCGGCCUAUCUUUUGCCACACCUUGUCCUAAGCCCCAUUACAACCCUUGAAAAGACCCUUUGAUUCAUGUAUUAAUUUUCAUUUCAUUUGAUUCACAAGCAAGCCUAUGGUAAUGGCAUUCUAUGUAUUGAUUUGAGUGGAACCCAAAUUCUUAAACACUUUAUGAGUGGAGUGAUUACAUUGAUACCUUUGUGAGAGUGUUGAGACUUGUUUCAUUUUAUUUUGAUGAAGUCAAUGGUAUACUUGUGUGUUGAAUAUUGUAUGUUGUACUGCAAGUGCUUGUCUCAAUAUUGCUGGCUCUUCUUAUACUAUUAAGUCUUAUUAGUAUAGGGGAUAUACUUGAGUGACAUGAAAGGAUAUUUGAGAAUUGCUACUUGGAUAAUUUGUGUAUUUGGAUUGAAACAUGCUUGAGGGUGGUCAUGGUUUCGGUGUGGGGGAAUAAGAUAUAUUUUAAAGCUCAUAUGCAUGCUUAUUUGAGUGAUUGGGAAAGAUUUUAUUACAUACUUUAGUGAUGUUAAGUUACCCCAAUUUCCUAGAGGAUGGGAGUGGGUGUGUAAGGUAGGUGAUAGUUUUUUUCACUUCACAAUUGAAGUUGUGGGAGUGUGGUUUAACUCUUGUUUUAUUGUGGUGAGGGGAUUUUUUUUUAGAGCUAGCAUAUCUUAUAAUUAAUGUUGUGUGUCGUCUUCUGCCCCUUUAUAUACUACUUUCUUUUCUUUUAUUGUUCACAUAUUUUCUUUACACUUACUUUCUACUUAAAAAUUUGUUUACUUAUAGUCUAUGGUUUUAGUUGAGAAUAUGCUAAUUAAUAUUUUUAAUAUAAUUAGUAAAUAUAUUAAUUCCAUAUACGUUUACAUGCUUAUAAUAUGUAGUUAUUUUAUUAAUGAGAUGAAGAUAAAGUAUAAAUGUAUGACAAUAUCAGGAUAGAAAUUGAAUUUGCACUCCUGAUCAGAUGGUGAAGGUUCUAACACAGGAUCCAGAUUCUUCGAUCCGUGAAAGGGCCCUCGAGCUUGUUUGUCUUCUAGUAAAUGAAAGCAAUGUGAAGCCUUUGACAAAGGAGCUUGUUGAUUAUCUAGAAGUAAGUGAACCGGAAUUUAAGGGAGACCUCACGGCCAAAAUUUGCUCAAUUAUGGAGAAGUUUUCCCCUGAAAAAAUAUGGUGCAUUGAUCAGAUGGUGAAGGUUCUAACACAGGGUCCAGAUUCUUCGAUCCGUAAAAGGGCCCUAGAGCUUGUUUGUCUUCUAGUAAAUGAAAGCAAUGUGAAGCCUUUGACAAAGGAGCUUGUUGAUUAUCUAGAAGUAAGUGAACCAGAAUUUAAGGGAGACCUCACGGCCAAAAUUUGCUCAAUUAUGGAGAAGUUUUCCCCUGAAAAAAUAUGGUGCAUUGAUCAGAUGGUUAAGGUUCUAACACAGGCUGGGAAUUAUGUGAAGGAUGAAGUCUGGCAUGCCCUUAUCAUUGUAAUUACUAAUGCUCCUAACCUCCAUGGAUAUACUGUUAAAGCACUUAACAAGGCUGUACAAACAGCAGGCGGACAGGAAACUCUUGUUCGAGUUGCUGUAUGGUGCAUUGGAGAAUAUCGGGAGAUGUUGGUUGGUAAUUCUGGCAUGCUUGAUGUGGAGGAAAGGAUAAAUGUAUGUUCAUGCUUUUUGAAAGUUUUCUUAAUUUUCUUUUAUCAUCAGAAUUCCAGACUUUUGUAUUAAUUGGGCGUGCGGAUUGUUAAAGUUGUCCACAAAUUUGUGGUGGAUGUAGGUAAUCCUGUCCAUUAGACACCAAGAACUAAUAACCUUUUGACAAUCAUGAUACUACGUGUUAAGCAUUCAGUAAGGUUAAAACAUUGGGAAGGUGCUUUGCUGAAAAAUGGAAGGUUCUGGCUUUGUCCGGUCAGGGUCAACUAACUCUCCUUGACAAUUCGGAAGUCUUUACUCCGUCAAGGAAAAGAUGCUUAUCUCAAUUGGAAAAGUUAAACGCUGGCACUUCUCUCAACUUUAUUCUUUUAUGUGAGCAAUAACCGAAGUGUUUCAAGUUAUAGUUUGCAAUACUUUUGUUUUAGAUCCAUUUUAACCUUCUGCUUCUUUUUUUGGGUCUAGAGAGGAGAGAACAAUCUGAAAUGCAUCACAGUAACUUGGUUUGCAUACAUGGUCUUGAGCGGGAUGGACAUAGUAUCUGUCUCAUAAUGAGCAUGAUGUUGGUACAUGAGUUUAGGUUCUUGUCAGUCCCUUUUGGUAGGUACUUCAUUUACAUGUUCUCUGGCAUGUCGUAAGUACUUCUCUUUACAUGUCUUUGGGCAUGCCUAGUUCAUUAAUUAUAUUGUGAAGUUGGUUGAUAUUAUCACUACUGAGUAUACAAUGAAGUUGAUGAGAGCAAUCCAGGAGAGGUGGUUGUUAGGACUAAUGGAGAAUGAAUAUCCAGAUUUCAGCAUUGAAGAGAAGUUAAAUGCUUUUGUUGCGUUGAUUGAUCUGCUCAUAGUUGGUUCCAGUAUCAAAAUGGAGGUAACCCUUUUAUUUUUUUUAAUAGCUCCUUUAUGCAUUUCGUUAUAAGGGUCAGUAUGUUUCUUCUUCUCUCUACAGAAAUCUCUUGUUUGCAGUUUCUAAUUUGCGAUUUUGCUUUCUGAGUGUUAAUUGAAACAUCUGUACAAGUAUGUGAAUGUAUGGCCUCUAGCAUUUUUUGAAAUGGCAUUGCCCAUGAUGAUUCUACUUCCUGGAGUGGAUAGUCAAUAUAUUUUUCACAUAUACAAAAAAUAACAAAAUAACUCGUGUAAGAUGGGAGUGUGAGGUAGGUGAGAGUUGACACAUCACAAUUAGUAGUUAUAAGAGUCAAUUCAGCUCUUUGUGUUAUAAGAGUUAAAGGUCCACUUGGUGUUUGUUUGUGGCUUUAUGUAUAUUAUGGAGAUAACAUGUCUGUUGUAUGCCUCUUUAUUUGUGUUGCUAAUAAUUAUUUCACUAAUGGAUCAAGAGAAGUUUUUGGGUAUCAAAUAUUACUUUUCUUUUUUGUCAAUCUAGGAGUCGGCUUACAAGCAUUAUUUUCAUCCCAAACACUGGGGUGGAGUUAUGCUUAACUGCUUAAAUUCGCUUCUCUGUUGAAAGAGAUACUGUAUGAGAUUAAAGCAAAAUGAUGAAAAUGUUAAUGUUCCUCUUUAUCAGCCGAGAUGGGAUUAAUGUGCUUGGCUGAUUGUAUAGAUGUUAAAAACUUAUCUAGCAUUGAUUGUGUUGUUUCUUAGGGGUGUACGUUAGAGUCCUCCAACCUGGAGAGAGCCCAUGGGCUCUGCCACUUGGGCAGUCUUUGCAGGCACCUUGCAAAACAUAUUUCUAUACCUCAUAAUUGGAUUGACAUCUUGAAAAAAGUGACUUUCCUUGUUUCUCAUAAUUGGAAUGACAUCAGAAAAAAAGUUAAUUGCCUUGCCUUGCCUUCUGUAACUCAUUCUGAUAGAUGUCUUGUUAAUUAAACUUCAUGUAAACUGGGAAUUAAUAUGUUCUUGUGGUAUUCACUAUGCUCUUGCGAGCUUGGACUGAGCUUCAAGCUUCUCAAUUUUAUCACCUUGUAAAGACAGCCUUGUAGCCACGUAAUAACACUUUGCAGGGAAUGAAAACAAAACAGUUGCUGAACUGAGGAUCGUAACCUUCCAGUGACGGUCAAACACGGAUUCACUUUGCACGGUGAGAACAUCUACAUUCUAAUGUAGCUCUUUUCCAUUCCUACUUCAACCUUAGGGAAGAAACAGGAUUAAUAAACAAACUUGUUUUUUCAUUUAUUUGUGUUCUUUACUAACCAUUCAUUUCGUUUUGCUACAGCCUAUUGCCAAGAAGUCAAUGAAGUUCAUUCCAUUGGUUACAGUACUGAGUUGUUUUAAAUUUAUGAGUUGAGCUUCUGAUUAAUAAUUUUUAUGAAUAA